AUGGCUAAUUUCGAUGAUUUGGCUGGUUUAUUUGCUAUUGGUAAUUUACAAAACCAAAUACAUUUUCAACCUCACCCACGAGUUAAUAGGCAAAGAUUCUGUGAUGCUUUUGAAAUUUCCGACGCGGCAUUUAUCAAAAACUUUAGAUUGAGUAAAGACUUGGCAAAGAAGUUAAUAAAAGAAUUGGAUCCAUACUUGAAACCUCAAAUGAGAUCAUCUGAUUUAGACUCUACAACAAAGGUUUUAAUAGCCCUUGAUUUUUACGCUACUGGUUGUUAUCAAACUCCAGUUGGGAACAGUAAAUUUUUUGCAGUGUCUCAACCCUCGGUAUCUAGGUGUUUAAAAGAAGUGACUUCUGCAUUGAACAAUGAAAAUGUUUUUUUUAAAUGGGUGAAAUUCCCGAGUAACUUAAGAGAACUAAGAAAAGUUCGCAGCGAAUUUUACAUGGCUACUGGUUUCCAAGGUUGCAUAGGAUGCAUAGACUGCACUCACGUAGCAAUAGUACCACCAUCAAAAGAUCCAUUAAAUGCAAACCCGGAAUAUAUUUAUGUCAACCGUAAGGGGUACCACUCAAUAAACGUUCAACUAAUAUGCGACGUGAACCUUAAAAUUAUGAACGUAAAUGCAUUAUUUCCUGGGAGCACCAACGAUGCUUACAUAUGGAGUAACAGCAAUGUACAACCAGUUGUAAAAGAACUGUAUGAUAAUGGCCAUAAAGGAUAUUUUCUUUUGGGUGAUUCUGGAUACCCACUACGCCCUUGGUUACUGACUCCCAUUAAUAACCCAAUUACAGAAGCAGAAAAAUAUUAUAAUACCAAGCACAUGUCGACUCGGAGUUUAAUUGAAAGGUGCAAUGGAGUUUUGAAAAUGAGAUUUAGAUGCUUGCUAAAACACAGAUUUCUUCACUACCAUCCAAAAAAAGCCACUCAAAUUAUAAAUGCAUGCACAAUUUUACACAACAUGUGUAUAACUUAUAAUAUACCAUUACCAACUGAGGAAGAUUUAGUUGAAACAGAUAUGGGUGUAUUUCAACAACACUUUCCAAAUGUGAUCCAACAAGGACAUGAUUUGAUACAAGGAAAACAUGUGCGAUCAGCACAAUAA